AUGUCGUCUACGCCGCCGAUCGACGAGAACGCUGUCAGGCGGGCCAACCUCGCACCUUCCGAUGCUGUAGCUGUUGACAUCGGUCAUAAUGAUGAGGAGCAGUGGAACAAGCCGCCUCUGCUCAAACACGUCUCCAGCCCCGCGUAUGACAGCCCUCUACGACACCACCGAAGAGUUCCGUCCGCACCCAGACAUGUCAAGGAAUCUCUGAACGCCCGCUCCGAGUAUAUAACGAGUCAGGAUGACGGUGUCGCUGAGCAUCGGAUCAACCAGUAUCUUAUCAAGCAAGAGAUCGGCCGAGGCUCCUUUGGCGCUGUUCAUCUCGCAAAAGACCAAUACGGCAAAGAAUAUGCCGUCAAAGAAUUCUCCAAGUCACGCCUUCGGAAACGAGCCCAGUCGCAUAUCCUACGAGGGCCGCGGCGAGGCGGAAAACAAGGCUUCAACUCGCCACUGCAUCGAGGCACUGCCGGUGGCAGCCUCGACGAUGUCACUCCCAACUCGAUUGACCUGAUCAAGGAAGAGAUCGCCAUCAUGAAGAAACUCAAUCAUCCAAAUCUCGUGUCCCUCAUCGAAGUCCUGGACGAUCCAAGCGAAGACUCUCUUUACAUGGUGAUGGAAUACUGCAAGAAAGGCGUUGUCAUGCGUGUGAACUUGGAACAACGUGCUGACCCAUACCCAGAAGAUGCGUGCCGAUACUGGUUCCGAGAUCUGAUCCUUGGAAUCGAGUACCUACACGCUCAGGGCAUCGUACAUCGUGACAUCAAGCCUGACAAUUGUCUAGUUACAGACGAUGACGUGCUCAAGAUCACUGAUUUCGGAGUUUCCGAAAUGUUCCAGAAAGAGUCGGCCAUGGUGACUGCGAAAUCUGCAGGGAGCCCAGCUUUUCUACCACCCGAAUUGUGCGUUGCCAAACACGGCGAUGUUUCUGGGAAAGCAGCCGACAUCUGGUCAAUGGGUGUGACCCUGUACUGCUUGAAAUUCGGUCGCAUUCCGUUCGAAAAGUCGCAGAUCCUGGACUUAUACGAAAGUAUCAAAAUCGAGCAGCCUGAUUUCCCACUGGACGAGAAUAAGGACUUCCUAGAUUUGAUGCAGAAAAUACUGGAGAAAGAUCCCCCUAAGCGGAUUAAAAUGGCUGAGCUGCGUGCACAUCCCUGGGUGACCAAAGGCGGGCUGGAUCCGUUACUGGCUCAGGAAGAGAAUACGUCUGAGAUUUUGGAGCCACCAACGGAAGCGGAAAUGAAUGCAGCUAUUACGGGUAACAUGCGCAAUGUCAUGACCGUUCUCAAAGCGGUGGGCAGGUUCAAAGCCUUGCUGAACAAGAAACGGCCGCCGAUGAUGAAUUCAAUAUUGGGUGACCAGGAUGAUCCGCGAUUCUCACUGCCACCAGGCAGUAUACCCAAAGACAAAAUCGCAAUGCCGGGCCAGCUACAUAAAUCGCACAGCGUCACGUUGGACGACAGGGACAACCAAGAGGGCGCACUUGUAGCAGAAGGCGUCCAUCGCGACUAUGCGCUUGCAGAACACAAAUCCAUGCCUCAAGUCAUGCAAAAGUUUGGGCCGAUGCUCGAAAUUCCGGUGCGUUCUCAUCACACCAACAGUGAGCCACCAAAGCCCACAUUUGCCGAUCUCUCGACAGAUUCUGAGGAUGACGAAUUAGACGUCCCAACAGAAGAUCAUCCAAGUCCCGUGGAGAUCAAGAUGCUUCCUAAGUUUCGAUCUGUCCGGCGGGCACAUCGUAAUCAGACAGCAGACGGCAAGAAAGGACAAGCACGAAAUCCUCUGGAUGAUCAGCUGUUCCUUCGUAUAGGGCCAUCGACAUUUUCCGGACAGCCUACUGAACACGAUCCUGACAGCAGUUUCGCUCCUGACGACGAUAUAUACGUCGUCAGUGAAAGUCCUGGAGCAGCAGACGUAGAUAUCUACGAAACGGCGUAUCGUGACGAAAUCGAGAGGAUUCUAGCCCGAGCCAAAGAGCAGGAAAAAGAACCUCAAGUCUAUCUGACGCGACGAGUAGACGAGCGACUGUUGGCGAUCAGUGGUUGGGCUGGCCGAUGGAUGGCCGGAGCCGAAGAAGCUGCCUCAUCCAUCGACUACUAUACUCAAUUUUCUACACGGCGUGCGAAGGUCACUGAAGUGAGCAGGGCGCUUCGAUCUGCAGCGAAAGAAGAGUAUGAGAAACGUAGACUUGAGCGGCGUGAGCUACUUACCAAGGCAAAGGGUGAGCGCCUCAGGCAUCACAGGGAGAGAACCACGCCCCUCAGAACAGAUUCACCGCUCCCUGGGGGCGAGGUCACAUCUCCAGACAUGGUAGCAUCACCAGCGACCAUCACCCCUCCACACUUUCGACAGACGAGCUCUAUGUUGAAAGGUAAGGCAGUUGACAAGGGCAGACAAGCGCAGAAAUCGUUCCGUGGGCUAGUCGACCAUGUGAAAGCCCGCAGGAGCAGGUCCAAAGACGAUAUUCCAUAG